AUGGCUACAACUCGUGAGGAGCAACAGCACCAGCACCAGCAGGAAAAGAUCGAAACUGAGCAUACAGAGCACAGCAUCAAGUAUGAUCCUGAAAGUGCCACAUCACUCUCGGAUCCAGAAAAGAACAGUAAUAAAAUCCAAGAACCCUUUGUCAAAUCCCCUGAGGAAAAGAAGCUUGUUCGGAAAAUCACUUUUACGUUGAUGCCAUUCAUUGCAUUUGUUUGUAUGCUACAGUUUGCGGAUAAGGCUGCCUUGAGCGUUUCAGCGGUGCUUGGGCUUUAUCAGGAAACAGGGAUCACGGGCUCGCAAUUCAGUUGGCUAGGAUCCAUGUUUUUCAUUGGCCAUUUGGUGUGCCAGCCUAUCAACAAUAUCCUCAUUCAAAAGCUCCCUGUUGGCCGAUACCUUGGUGCAUGCAUAUUUAUUUGGGGGCUGGUCAUGUUGGGCACUGCUCUUUGUAAUACGUUUCCUCAAUUGAUGGCUGUGCGCUUUUUACUUGGUCUUUUGGAAGGCACUGCAAUGCCAUGCGUGUAUUUGAUUGUCAAUACGUUGUUUCGUCGAUCGGAACAAACAUCCAUGUAUGGAUUGGUUACCAUGGCAAGCGGAUGGGGAUCCAUUUUUGGCGGACUUGUUGCCUAUGGCAUUUCACAAAUGGGACAUCAACGUGGCAUCAUGAUGUGGCGAUGGAACCACAUCAUUUUCGGAUGCAUGACGGUGCUCCUCGGCAUCUUGUGUUUCUUUUUCCUCGUUGACAAUCCCAAAUCAUGGUUGCUUCGCUUAACGGAACAAGAAAAAGCAAUCACCGAAGAACGUACGCAAGACAAUGCAGUCGUCAGACAUCAAAAGAUCAAAUGGGAUCAAAUGUGGGAGGCAUGCAAGGAAAUACGACUAUGGUGCAUUUGUCUAGCAGGCCUUGGACUCAAUUUACAAAAUGGCGCUCUUCAAGUUUUCAGUGCUCAAUUUAUCAAAGAGCUGGGUGAUUUCACUCCCGGAGAAUCCAUCUUGCUCAAGGUACCUGCAGGCACUGCAUCUUUCCUUGGUGUCGUUUUUGCAACUCUGGUAGCACGGCGUACACGUCAAAUUUGUUAUACAGGCGCUUUCAUGUCUACAGUGAGUUUGGCAGGUUGUAUUAUCCUUGCUGUUGUGGAAUCCGGACCUGCCAAGCUAGCAGGAUUCUAUAUCUCGUGGGCUUUAACAGGUGGAUACAGCCUUCUUGUCACUACAAUUGGUGCAAAUGUUUCAGGUUACUCGAAGAAGAUCUUUUAUAAUGGUGCCUUUGUUACGUUUUAUGGAUUCGGUAACUUUAUUGGCCCCAUGGUGAUGCUCGAAUACCAGGCACCUAGAUACGUUGGAGCAAUGAUUGGCUUUUGUAUCGGCAAUGGGGUGGCUAUUGUCUGCUAUCUUAUCAUGCGCUUUUGGAUGGCAAGAGAGAAUCGUGAUCGUUUAAUCAAUCCACCAGCCGAAGCUGUUGACGCUCAUCUCGACUUGACAGAUCGUCAAAAUCGCAACUUCAUUUAUCGGCUAUAG